AUGGGACAUCCAAAGCCAUUUGAUUUAAGAUAUGUUGGAGUUGGAAAUGAAGAUUGUGGUAAAUAUAACUAUCAAGGAAAUUAUCUCGAGUUCUAUAAAGCUAUAAAACCUAGAUAUCCUGAUAUUCAGAUUAUCUCAAAUUGUGACGGUUCUCAAUUUCCAAUCAAUCAUCCCGCAGAUCUUUAUGAUUUUCAUAUAUAUACAAAUUCUAAGGACAUGUUUUCCCAAUAUACCAAGUUCGAUAAAGCACCACGAUCCGGUCCAAAGGCAUAUGUUAGUGAGUAUGCUGUUUGGAGGGAAGAUGCAGGUAAUGGAAGCCUUUAUGCAGCUGUGGCUGAAGCUGCAUUUCUUAUUGGGCUUGAAAAAAAUAGCGAUGUCGUUAGCAUGGUUGCCUAUGCACCACUCUUCGUAAACACAAAUGACAAAUUUUGGAAACCAGAUGCAAUUGUAUUCGACUCUUAUCAAAAUUAUGGAACUCCAAGUUAUUGGCUCCAACAAUUUUUCAUUGAUUCUAAUGGAGCAACCUUUCUUAAUUCAACUCUCCACAAUUCUUCAAGCUCGAUUGUUGCCUCUGCAAUUCAGUAUAAAAAUUCUCAAGAUGGGAAGAAUUAUCUAAAAGUCAAGGUAGUAAACUUUGGAAGCUCAAUUGAAAACUUAGAAAUUUUAAUAAACAAUUUAAAAUCAAAUGUGCAACAAUCUGGUUCAUCAAAAGUGAUUCUUACCUCCCCGGAUAAAAUGGACGAAAAUUCUUUCACUGAACCAACAAAGAUUAUACCCAAAAGAACUUCACUUGAAAAUGCAAGCAAUGACAUGAAUGUUGAACUUGCUCCAUAUUCAGUUACAUCGUUUGAUUUAUUAAUUUAA